ACUGUAUCGUAUAUUACAAUGAGCCUAUUUGCUCUUAUUAUCACGGUAUAUGCUUCGUUGGUGUUUGGCCAAAAUGAUCCGGUAGUUGAAACACCGUCCGGUUCAAUUCGAGGCACUGUAGAGUCGUGUGGUUUAUAUUGUACGUAUUAUUCGUUCAAAGGUAUACCUUAUGCACUGCCACCAGUUGGAGAGCUCCGUUUUCGAAAUCCGGUUCCCCACCCGGUCUGGGAUGAUGUCAGAGAUGGCAGUCAACAUGGUGCAGUGUGUCCACAGUUCAGUACAGGACCCGGAAACGUCAUGGGGGACGAGGAUUGUCUGUUUUUGAAUGUGUAUAGCGAAAACAUGAUCGGAUCACACCCGGUAAUGGUUUGGUUCCACGGAGGUGCAUACCGUGCUGGAUCGGGAAAUGUUGAGUCAUUCGACCCCCAAAAGUUAGUGAAAGAAUCAGUUGUGAUAGUAACCGUAAACUACCGCCUAGGAGCGUUGGGUUUUCUCAGCACCGGAGACCAGUAUGCUCAAGGAAACUGGGGAUUGAAGGAUUGCAUCCAAGCACUUCGAUGGGUAAAAGCGAACAUACAAGUGUUCGGAGGUGAUCCAAAUGAUGUAACUAUUUUCGGAAGCUCGGCCGGAGGUUCGCUGAUUCACUUUUUAUACUUGUCCGAAUUAGCGGAAGGAUUGUUUCACAAGGCCAUUGCUCAAAGUGGAACGGCCCUAGCUCCAUUCGCUUAUCAAUGGAAUCCGCGAAUAUUUGCAGAUAGGAUCGCAAAUGCGUUUGGAUUAUCCAACGAUAGUGCCAAGUAUGUCGAGGAGCUCAGGAGCCAACCAGGGAACAGUUUUGUUCCUUUGCAAGAAAUUUUGUCUACCACACCCGUACCAAGAAAUCUACGGCCUCUGGAUUUCUCACCAUCAUUGGAACCACUCGGUUCACCCGAGGAACGAGCAAUAGUUGACAAUCCAUUGCGCCUGAUGGAAGCACGUUCUCAUAAAAUUCCAUUUAUGCUAGGUUAUACCGAUCUAGAAGGAUCAUAUUUCACAAAGCUUCAACAAAACUUCGAUGAUGCUGUGUUGGAACAGUUCAACGCAAAUCCUCAUUUCCUAGUGCCCUUUUUUUGGAAUACCGCAGAAGGUUCGUCUGCUUCUUCUAGGAUCAGCUCCGCCUUUCAGCAGCAUUAUUUUCUUGGUAAACCAAUCGAUAGUUCGGUAGACUUCGAAUGGGCAGAAUAUUACGGUGAUCAUAUGUUUGUAUUUCCGACCGAUUAUACUGCGAAAGUGCAUGCCACCGGUUCGGCACCGGUCUACUAUUAUCAGUUCUCGUACGAUGGCGAUCUGAAUUUGUACAAGAAAGAACUAAAUAUUAACCAUCCGGGAGCAACGCACAUCGAUGAGCUGCCGUACAUGUUUGAGAUUGCUAAACAUAUGGGAAUAACAGUUGCCUCCACCAGUCACGCUUUGGUAGUCAGCAAUCGACUUGUGCGGAUGUGGACGAACUUUGCUAAAUCCGGAAAUCCUACUCCCAGCGAAGAUUCUCAGCUGCAAAAUGUGAUCUGGCCAAGCAUUCAGCAGUCCUCGCUAGGAUUGGCUAAACUAGACAUCGGACAUGAUUUGCUGGUGAUCGAUGCUGCAGCUAACGAGCGGCUACAGCUGUGGCGUGACCUACAGACUUCAUAUGCAGUAAAUCCGUUUUUGUGAUAGAAUCGAAUGUGCUAUAGAAUAGUGUUCAAUAAAAAUAGAACGAAUUUUUCGCUCGUUUGGAUAAAAA